UACUGAUGAUCUUUUCUUGAUUAAGGCGGUAAAUACAAAAGCAACUUUUUUCAAUUAGCACAAAGAUCAGUCGGGAUUUCCUCUUCAGAACAGGUGAGUGACGAUGGUCCAAUCAAUCGACGGAGGCGAGGCGCAUCACCAUGCAUAAUGUACCAAGCUAAGUGCGUCCGUAGAUAGAGAAAGCUCAACCACAGGAUUGCCGAUUGUUAGGCAAAUUCUUUCGAGAUGACGGACCGUGCUCUCAAAAAUGGCGGUGCGAGGAAACGAAAAUAUAAGACGAAGUCAUGCCCAACCUUCUUUCGACAUUCAUUUUUCUUCUUAAUCCUCCGAGUCUAGCUUCACUAUACGGUACCUAGAGACAUUGUUAACGAAUAUCUCGUGGACAUGGACAAGUCUGCAUUCAAAUCCCAAGUCGACCAACUCAUCUUUCACCCUGAUCCUAAUAUCAGAAAGCCUCUUGCUCUCUGGGCAACCCUUCCAAGUGCUGGACGGCCAAUACCACCACAUACGGCAAUGAUCCAAGAGAUAGAAGACUCAUCAUUAGAGUGGCCAUCCUUAAUUCGACAUCACAAGAUAGGGACGACUUUGUAAGAAGCACCGCAAACAUAUGGGCGUUAUACGCCAACAUAAAGUUCGAGUUUGUCUCAUUCUUAGAACGUUCGGAAAUCCGCGUCCUAUAUGCUGAUGAGUCUUGGUCCUAUAUUGGGAUUGAUGCCUUGGAGCAUGGCCAGCAUGAGGAGACAAUGAGACUCGAGUAUAUCGACGGCGACGAUAGACAUAACCAGCGUACUAUUCUACACGAAUUUGGCCAUGCACUCGGCUUUGAACACGAACAUUCUUCUCCAGAGGCCGGGAUUCAGUGGAAUACGGAUGCUGUCAUCGCGCACUACAAGAAUUGGUCAGUCGAAGAGAUUGAACACAACAUCCUUCAAGUCGCCGAUGAUGCUAGCAUUAGGAGCCGCUAUGACCUCGAAUCCAUAAUGGGUUACCAGUUGUCUCAGAGCUUGGUAACAAGUGGUAUGGUCUCGAUCAAGAAGUUUACUAACUUGUCGCCUUUGGACAAGGAGUGGGCUCGAAAAUUCUAUCCCUUUUCCAACCGUCCGGAAAGGUCGGAUCACCAUGUCCAGAGAAGUCGAGAUGCAACCGAGGCACUGGGCUCGCAGGCUCGCCAAUAUAAAGAUCACUUUAUAUAUCGAGCUAAUAAAAAACUCGAUGACUGUUUUAGGGAGUCUGGUAUGAAGGUCUUUCGAUGUGGUAAACCAAAUUGUCGGCCGAAGGAUAGGCAAUGUGAUGCUUGCCUUGAACGACACGACUCAUUCCAAAAUGGGGGGAUGGAUAUGAUUUCCCACCAUGACUUUUUGGAUAUCCUCAUAUGUUGAAUGCGUUUAACGCGGAUGAUGUGUGUGAGGCCUCGGAUGGCAGGGGUGGCUUCGGGCUGAUAAAGGGCGGCUUGCCUUACCUAAGCAUCACGUGCAAUGUUUAAAAUAUACUAAUUCUGUCUUUCUCCUGAAUGAAGUCAUCGCUAAGGGCUGAGCAUUACGUAGUCAAUGAUUCGGUAAGUGGUCUAGAAUCCAUACUUCCUCCUCGUGUAAUAGUACUUUAGAAAGACGCGAUAGACGGACGGCACCCAAGUACCGAAUCAGCUUCUUACGCAGCUGGCUGCAUUCUAGGCCAAUGCGGUCAUCAUUAAUAGGAGCGGGUUCAGAUUUC